CUCUGAGUCAUAAUACGUGAAAUGAGAGGGAGCAGUUUAUAAAUGAGGUGUCCAAUUUGGUGUAUUAAGUGUGAAAUGAUGACUUGAGCGCUUUUCUUCAAAGGUGCUCGCCUCUCAUUGUACCUUUCUAGUUUCAGAUGCACUUGGGGCUGGGCUAUGGCAGCAGCUAUGAUGACCAUGCUAACGCUGUCCAUCUUCUCGCUGCUUGAAGAAGCAGCUUAAUGAAAGCAGGGCUGUGGUUUGACACAAUCAGCGUGCUUCUGUCACCACAGAACCACGUCCAGUUUCGCUUAAAUGGUGUCAGCAGUUUCAUCUUGACUGAAUGUUUGUUACAGUUAUUAAAGACAGGCUGUCUUUGGAUAUGGCUGCAUGUCCUCUGCUGUCAGGAUGCGAGCAGCCACGUUAGCGAGGCUGUCCCUGGGUGUGGUGUGGUGUUGUGUGACACUGGGACAAGAGCUGGCUUGAGGCUGCCCAUCCCAGGGUAUGGAUGGAGCGAAUAUCUGCCCACCUUUAAGAUGCAUCACUAUUUCAUUCAGGAAGAAUUUACAGCAUCAUUAAAAGAGCAUCAUGAAGGGCGUACGUCCCCACCCUUGUUGUGAUGUGGUUGCUGGUCCUAAUCUCAGGUGGUACCCGAACAGAACUGUUGAUGAAGUUGUCUAGAAAUUCCCAGGCUGCUGAGGUGAGCGGGGGAUAGCUGUGAUCACAUUCGAGUAUUUUAACAUGGCCUCCCAGUAUUGUCCCUUUGUGUUGUGCGUCUCACUCCAGCGCUGGCUUUGCCAGGGAGGUUUGUGUGUGCUCAGUGACGCUGGGUCCCUAUGCAAAGAGCAGUGAGACUUCUCAACGCCACUUAUAUUUUGAGGGCUGGGUUUGUUUUGGCUAAUUACUCUCCUAAAUUACUUGCUCUGGUGUUACAUAGCAAUGCUGUGAUCAAAGAUUAGUUCAUACCGUCGUACAGACAGGUAGUGCCAUCUUUUUCUUUCUCUGACUAAAGGAAGUCUUGAUUAAUCUGUACUGUGAACUUAGAUGCUGACCAAAAUAAAUAGCGUCUGUCUGCCAGUUUAAAUAACUGAUGGACAUCUCUUUUUCUGAGAAAUAUUCUGCAUGUAUAAUUCAAAUUAAUUCUAUUAAGACUGCAAAUCUCAUCUGUCAAAAGUUCUAGCUGGCUAUGUCAUUUCGCUUUGAAGUGAAUGUUUACCUUGAAUAUCAGAAACCUGUAGCAGUCUCUUAUGGAUUUAAUGCAUCCACAUGUUAUACUUGACCAGAAGAACACCUAUAGGUGCUGGAAUUUGAAAAGUGUAGCUAUUGAUAAAAGCUAAUGAGGUUUACUUGAAUGACAAUUCCAGAUAAAGAAAACCUGAAUGAAUUCACUUCUUGAUUUGUGAGCAGUUAAAAAAAAAAAUAAUUACAGAUGUUGGCAAAAGAGCUGGCAUUCCAGGUUUAUCUGCUGGGGAGGGAUGUGCUUUAAUGUAUUUUCUUGAGGCGUGCUUUGUCUCUAAUUUGUAAAAAUAGGAUCCUGGUAUGACUAGUUCUGUAUCUUAGUAUUCCCUAGUCUUUUUUUGUCUGACCUCAGGAUUUUCAUAUCCCAUUUUUUGUUUUUUUUCUGCUAUUCAGUGCAGCUGAGGCUGUGCUCAUGCUGCGGGCUCUGAAGGUCUGACCUGCCAGACGCUGUUGUGCCCAGGCUGUGGAUUUGGGGAGGGUAGCUGGGCCCAGAGAGGUGGGAUGUGCUGCCUUGCUCUGUGGUGAAUGAGGCUGACCUCGUUUGCUAGGAACAAGAAGAGAAAGUAAUUGUUUUGGUUGGGAAUUAACUGCGGACCUUCAGUUGCUUUGGAAUGUAGGGCUCUGGCUCAGCUAAAUCUUCAUGCUGCUUUUGGCUGUGUGACUGUGUGUGUUGAAAUUUGCUAGUAAAGAGGAUGGGAGCAGAAGUCUUGGUAACUGUGUGAUCUUUAAGAUAUAAAAAUAAACAAAGCUGAGAAGUUGCACCCUUCUUAAAACAGACUGAUCUAAAUUUUCAACAAUUUUAGCAGAGAGACAGGCUCUGGGUAGGGAUAGAGGCUUACUGACAACUCGCUUCUCUGUCUGUGCAUCGCUUGACGUGGUUGAUAGGCCACCUUUGGAAAAUGUCUUCUGGUGUCUGGGGUCAUUCACUGUUCCCUCCACCAGAGCCUUAGGUUGCACAACCCAUGCUGUGCAUUUCCCUUGCCAUGCUUGUGUGAAGAGAGUCUCCUUGUUAUGCAAGUCAGCAGUUCAGCUUCUUCUGGGAAGUAACAGCAUGAACCACUUCUCAAAUUGCUUUUGUUGGGGCAUUGUUGAAAACAUGUUUGAUGUCUUCUGGCUUGUCCCUAAAGAGAUUUCUCUCGUGAGCGUGUAUGUGUCUGUGAAGUCCAUUCGUACUCUUUGUACAUUAAUGCUGUCAAUUGUAGUUCUCUACUACUGAACUAAUUCCACAGUGAGAUUUUUUUUUUCCCUUUCUUACCAUUCAUUGACUUUCAUGUUUGAUUUAUUCUUCUGCAGAGUUUGAAACUGGAGCAUGGGAAUUUUGACUAAUAUUAAUGGAUCAUAUGUAUGACUUCAAUGGUGGCUGAACAAACCUUUUUUAAUUGGGAAAAGGACAUCUGUCUUUCAAAGUACUCAGUUACCAGGGUGAAAGGAAGAUAAUAAGAGGUGAAUUGCGUAGCCUUUCAGCAGUCUUCUGUUAAACUUGGAAUACCACAGUUCAAGCAAUUGAACAGAUGGAUAAUGGAGACUGGGGAUAUAUGAUGACUGAUCCAGUCACGCUAAAUGUGGGUGGACACAUGUAUACGACAUCCCUCACAACUCUAACGAGAUAUCCUGACUCAAUGCUUGGGGCCAUGUUCAGGGGAGACUUCCCCACUGCCAGGGACUCUCAGGGCAAUUACUUUAUUGACAGAGAUGGACCACUUUUCCGUUAUGUUCUUAACUUUUUAAGGACCUCAGAGCUCACUUUGCCACUGGACUUCAAGGAGUUCGACCUACUUCGUAAGGAGGCGGACUUCUAUCAGAUUGAACCACUAAUUCAGUGUCUUAAUGACCCUAAGCCGCUGUAUCCUGUGGAUACCUUUGAGGAGGUGGUGGAGCUCUCCAGCACCCGCAAGCUUUCCAAGUACUCCAACCCAGUGGCUGUCAUCAUCACGCAGCUCACGAUCACAACGAAAGUCCAUUCGUUACUGGAAGGCAUUUCAAACCACUUCACAAAGUGGAAUAAGCAUAUGAUGGACACCAGGGACUGCCAGGUUUCCUUCACUUUUGGGCCAUGCGAUUACCACCAGGAAGUGUCGCUCAGAGUCCAUCUCAUGGAGUACAUCACAAAGCAAGGCUUCACGAUCAGGAAUACCAGAGUUCAUCAUAUGAGCGAGCGUGCCAAUGAAAACACAGUGGAGCACAACUGGACUUUCUGUAGACUGGCACGGAAAACAGAUGACUGAUUCUGACUCCACAGGAGCCACUUCAGUGAUUAGCAACUUAAUUGGACAGUAUACCCGAGAGAGUCUGGAUUUUGACUAAAGCAACAACGUGGGCUUUUUUUUAUACAACUAUUUAUUGUUUAUCAGUAAGGACUGGAGGAGUUUCGUUCUCUAGCAGCUCUGUCCUUUUGUCCUGUUCAGAAAAAAACAUGCAUGUGCCUGUUCAGUCGAGACACCUUUUUAUUUGAAAGAGGGAGUCUGAAGAAUUAGUACAAUAGGGUAUUUUGGGUCAUUAACACAAUUCUCUGACGCAACUUAAAGUGCUAAAAUUAACUCAGUUUAAAUGGUUUCUAAUCCAUCUAAUGCUACGGAACUGGGAGCAAGAAACAAACAGAAUUUAAGAUGCAAUUGGGGAAAAGCUGCUAUCAUGUAGACUAAUUACAUUUCUAAAUCAAUAAACAGUAUUGUAAUAUUCUAGGAAAACAAAUCCCACUCUUUAAAAGUACUUGAUAAGUACAGUUUCUUACAGUUAUGACAACUGUUUCUUUCUAUGCAUAUAAACCAAGCAACCAAAUAUUAUCUGUAGCCAUGGAAAUAUGAUUAGAAAUGUUUAUAUUGGAUUCUAAAUGCAAAACGUCCCAGUGGUAGAAUUCAUAUUUUUAAUGCCUGGUGCAAUAUUAUUCCCAACUGUAAUGCCUGCCAGCAAGAAGCUAAUAAAAAUGUGAAAUACAGAAUACUAUUUUGUAUUUUUUUUAAUCUUCUAGAAUUCUAAUACUUAAAAAACCAAAACCAACUAAACAAACAAAAAAACCCACCCAGAAUCUGUUUUUUCUGUUCUACAGAGUAGUUCAGAUGCUCUGGGAGGGCUCCAUUCUCCUACGUUAUGGACGUACUUUGUUCGGUUUUUGUCUUAAUCAGUUGAUUCAACUCUCCUUGUUAGAGAAGAAGCUUGUGUUUUGAAAACUGCAUUGUGACUGAUGCAGGAUGGCAAGUAAUUGUACUGGCUAAAGGGAUAGGAAUGGAGGGAACACAGAGCCGUAGCUUAGGAGCUUGUAGCUGCUAAGUAAUGUCUGGUUUGUUAGUGAUUUAUCUCGCGACUUUAUAUAUCUAAAAUUUUAACCGUAGUGUGCUGUUUCUGAUGAUGUUCAAGUCAAGGUACUCAGGUUCUGUGUUCACUCAAGUUCAGUUUCGAUAGCCAUUUCUGCUUAUUGUGGGCACUUUCUCAUAGGUAUUAAUAGAAUUGCUGAUUGUGCUCUUACUUGAAUGUAGUUGGGAGUAAAAGUGUUGAUGCCAGUCCUGAUGAAUGGGUCAUGUUCUCUUGUAAAGUUCUUUUCACAAGUGUUCCCUGCCACAACUUCUUUGCUUUCUGUGCUUUGUGGACCACAGCUCUUUGGGGAUGUAAGACAGAGUAUGGAUUUCUAUGGCAGCUGCUGGUUCUUGAAGGCAGGAGGUUUCUAUCCCAUCUCUCACUCAGACGAUCUGUCUUCUGGGUGUAUCUGUCAUAUUUUGGCUCCCUCUUUUCAUACAUUGUAGGGGUUUUGACUUAUUUGUAAUAAGAGGCAUUUAAGAGCAUUAUUCUUGCUAUAAGGGGGGAAAGAAAAGAUGAACUGAUGAAGCUCAGGAAAAGUGGUUGUUUCUUUACUGCAACACGUGGUAAGAAAUAUCUGUGUUAACUGGCACUGAAUUAUAAUCACAAGAUGUUCUUUGCAACACUUCAUUUACUAGCAAAUUAAUGACUGGCCUGGAUCAGCCUGCCCUUUCUGCAAUUAUGAAAUAUAAUAAUUAGAGAAGCAGUAUUCCAAAUAAUACACUUUAUUGGAGCCUAAGAUUUAUAGAAAAACAGUGUAUCUAUAUUAAUGGCAGAGUAAAUUCUGGAGACAGGAGUUUGCAUCGACUUUGUCUCAGUCUCCAUUAGGAAUACUCCACUGCUAAGCAAGUUAAGUGCUAUUCUAAUUGUCCAACCAGAUGCACUUUCUAGUAUGCUUCUUGAUCUAAGAGAGCAAGUUGUUCCUAGAACCCAAGGACCACAAUUUUACCUUGCUUGUUUUUUUUCAGUAAAGUGGGAGGUUUUGUUUGGUUUUGUGUUUGCUUUUUGUUUUUAUUUGUUUUUAAGGCACUGCAGUUAUGACACACUCAUAAUGUAUUUAGUUUUUUUCCCUUAAUCCUCAUAGUGGAUUUAGAAAAAGAGUAAGAAAGACAAAAGGCAUCAUUUUGAUGCUAUCAGGACACUUGAGGUUGAAAUGGCAAACCCUAGGCUAUUUCUGACUAGAUUGCCUCAUCACAGUGGGUGCCACUCAGCAUUGUUUGGCUUUUGUCUGAUUAAAUGCAAAUGGCUGGCUAAGAAUCUCGUUUCAUACUUUUUGCAACUGAUUAUUAAUUCUGAUUAGUCAUUAGUGAUGCUUCAUAAAUGUCCCGCUGCACAAAGACAGCAGGAAGCGUGUGACCUUCACUUACAUCAUGGUCUUCAUCAUUUUGACAGCGUGUUGUGAACAAGUGGCUUCAAAUACCUCUUAUAGGCUGGGCUCAUCUGUUCAGGAUGAGAAUGUAGAAGGAAAUUAAUGGUAAUUAAGAAGAAGGAAAAGGCUGUUAUUUCUUUAAGGAUGAUCUGUGAAAUACAGAAAGCUAGACUAUUUAAAAAAACUCAAACAACCAGCUACUUCAGCUAUGCAAGAUCUCUUUCCCUGUAGUGAGUGCUGUCCUUCAUAACCAGUACACAAUUCCCAUCCAGCUGGGACAGCAUACUAUUUAACUUCCAAAAAUAUGCUUGAACUUGAAUGCUUGCUGAAGGCAAAUUUUGUGUUCAGCUGUAGAAUUUCAAAGGGUUGCUGUCUACCACAGUAAAAAUCUCACUUAAGGCAAAAUGAGUUUUCAAACAGAGCAAUAGCUAUUUGCAUCAUGCAGGAUUUACAUUACUUCACGAUAUGGAUGAAUUAAGAAGUGAAAGUGGAGCUCUAAAGAACAUGAAGGAUGAAAUUUGCUUUGUUUAACAUUUAUAGUCUUUCUGGUUAAAUAUCUUAUUUAAAAAAAAAAAAAUAUUGUGCUAGUAAAUGUACCAGCGAAUGGAAAAUAUCCUGCAAUCAUUGGCUCUUGCAACCAUCUACUGUUGCUCCAUCAUAUAUAAACUAUGUAAACAGACUUUUGUUUUAGUUUAUUUUGUACAGUUACUAAAACUAUAUUGGUGGCACAGGACAGCCCAGCUCCCUGGUACAAGCUGUCUUAUGCUGGGGGCUGUAAUUCAUCCUUACGUUAAAUGUCUGAGAUAAGACAAUAGGUGGCAUAAUUGGAAUAUCACAAGUCAUUGUUCUAAGCGAGAUACUAAGAAUUAAAGCCUUUUAUUCUACCUUUGUCUAUGCUGCUGUUAUUAAAAGAAAAGCAAACCGUUUCUGCUCCUGCUAAUGCAGAAGUUGCCUGGCUGUAAUCCAGCAGCUGUACCUUGUUGGUCGGUGCCUUCCGAGCCCACUUGCAGAGCUGUUGGCAGUUACAACGGACAGGUUUACCAAGCACAGAAGUCAAACUCUUACCUGUGAGGUCAAAAGCAUCCACUAGUGGAACAGCAUCCUUCCUUCAGAGCAGGUAAAUGAAUUUCAUGUUACCGAAGCAGGUAUUGCUUUGUAAGGAAGGAAAAUACGGCAAAGGUAAAGUUGAAAGUCAGUUGUCCGCGUUUCUCAGUCUAAAAUGCUUGUGCCAGUUUUCCACCUUGCCUGCACUUUGGGCAAAUUCCUACUUGUUUUGAUUCCUCAGAGGCGUGUUCUACUAAUACCCUGAGUUGUCUGUACUGUUGAGUUGGUAUUUGCAGGGUCCUGUAAUCACUUGGGGUCUGUCCCUAAUUUCCUAAUUUAGGAUUCAAUCUCCUCUUGGGUAUUUCCUUAGCAGACUCUGCCAGUUCUUGCUUUUGUUUUUCACUGGAUUUGGGUUUUUUUUUGUUUUGUUUUUCUUACGCUGUUUGUGGUUGUCUUACAAAAGGGAAUAAGAUUGCUACUAGACUGAUGGGAAGUGCUUUGCUGAUCUUAACCUUCAUCUGCUCUUAAGUAUUUCUAGUUCUUCUGCUAUCUUUGUAUCUGUAAGAACAAAGCAACACUGAACCACACCAAGGGCCCAUCUGGCCCAGGAGUCGGUCUGACAGCAGUCAGCAAAAGACAGAGUGAAGGGCAGCAUCUUUUAAGCAAAAGGUGGUUUCUUUUCCCUUGUCCUCCCAUCAUCAUGGAUGCAGGAAGUUGUGCUGGCGGUAUCCCACACCUGAGAUACGGGGAUGCAAAGCAGUCAUGUUGGCAUUUGCAUCCACUAGUUCCUUUUGGGGAAGGAAUGUUUGCGGGUUUGGGAAAGGCCAGGAUUUUGCUACAGAUGGGGAAGUGUUUGUAGCCUUUCUACUGAUUGUAAAUAACUCACUCAAAUUAUUCAAGUAAAUACCAUUUAAUUCCUGAAUCCUGUUAACAAGGCAUGGAUGAACACAGAGAAGUUGCAAUGAAUUCCAGAGAUAAUGAUGUGUUGGGCUUCUGAAAAUGCUAUGUUCAGCUUAUUGCUUAACUUGAAUUCUGCCAUCAGUUCUGAAAAUGCUUGCUCUUUGGCUCGCUCCUGUUCUGCCCUUGGUCAUGGUGUGUUCUUGUUUCUUGCCAGAUGGCUUAAGUAGAAUUCUACAUACAGUAGCAACUUGCUUCUCUGCACCCAAGGUUACUCUGUCCUUAACAAACAGCGCUGAGUAGGGAAAGGUGAACCCUUUGUCAAGAAGCCUUUGUGAGUGUUGUGGCAAGUAAAAACCUUAGCAUAUCUCAAAAUUCACUUAAUUUGUAACAAACGGCAUUGAGCAGAUGCAUCUGAACUAGCUGUAGGCAGGAAUGUCUGGGUACCAGUUGCGACUCAGCCAUGGCAACAGUGUAGGCUGUAUUAGCUGUGGCUUAAGCAGAUUUUGCAGUGUACGAUCGGCUGCUGUGGCUGCCUCCUGCCAGUGCUGCUUUCGCUCUACUGCAGAUACUAGAAGAUGUUUAGGAUUUCUUGAUUUAUAAUUUAAAAUUUCAUGUUACAGAAGUUUAAUUUAGAGAUUGCAGAGUAGCUGGACCCUUAAGUCUGCUUUGCUGUGAAAAUGAACUCUGUGUAGAUGUUUUUUUCUAUCAAUUUCUAGCGCUGCCAGGCAAUGAGCAUAAAAUCCGAGUGAGGUGAAUUGACUUUGGAGAUGUUGCCAUAGGUACAGCAGCACUAUUUUAUGUCUAUUACAAGGACAAACUGAAUAGCUGUGUAUUUCCUCUCCUCAUGCUAGAGCAGCUCACCAAACGACAGGCAGGAGGUCCAGGUACAAUGUUGUGACCAUGCCCAUUUGACCUCCAGAUAAUGCAAAGAUAAGUUAAAAAAGAGGUCACAAAGAUGUUUCAUAAUCUUCUGCAUGCCAGCCUUGGUCUUGAGUUUUUUCCAGAUUCUGCAAAGUUUUUCACUGUGAUGUAGUGGCAGUGAGCCUGGAAAACAAAUGCAAUCAACAGUGAAUGCACCUCAAAACACUUUUAGUAGGCCAAGUGACUCAAAUGUUCUUGCAAAGAAUAUAAAACCUUUUCAUCUCCCUGGCACUUCUCUUGUCUGUUUUCUUUCUUUCCUGGUUGACCAGGUCUUUUGCAUUCAUGUCUUACAGCGACAGCAGAGAGGAGAGUUGGGGGUGUAAACAGUCAACACGGUGCUAUUUGUAAACUCUAGAAAACCACUUCAGAAAUCAUGGUAGUACUUACACUGACUAUUUCUAAUGAAUCCUUCAAAGAGUUUGUGUGAUGGAAACACAUUGGAAUUGUGCUUGAGUUGACUGCUAGCAAGUGAAUCUUGGCUAUGCAUCAAUAAGUGAAAAUUCUUUUGUUGAAGACUUUGGGCUCAUGGCACAUCGUCUCAGUGUCUAUAGCAUUUCAGUGCUGAAAAAAUCUGUUGUCACAGAUACACAACCAAACUUGCCUCUCACGUAAACUGAUAAUCUCUGGGUCAGACACCAGUAAAGUGUCUGUCACCUUAAAUACUAGCUGAGGUCCAGAGCACAUGAAGCAGGCUGACUCCAACCGUCCACGGGAAGGCUCUCGUUGUGCUGACGUUACUGUGGUGGUGGAUGGUGGUGGUAUCUGCUGUGUGGGUUCACUCCCACACUGUACAGUUCUCCUCCCAGCUGUGGGUGUACGCACGCACACCUGCAAUCCAGCUCUUCCUGCUGGCACGGUCAAGCGGCGUGGAGGCCAGCGCGGACUGCAGAACCUGCGUUAGAAGCUGGGUGGCUACUCAUGCAAUUAAUCUGUGUGGAGUCUGCAGCAGAGCCAUGACCGGUGUCUGAGCCACUCAG